AUGAGUAGAAGAAUCAGAUCGAGAUUAAGUUCAAUAGGAAGCACGGAAGACAAGAACAUUACCAAAGUAAGCAAUAUUAAUUCACCACACUUGCAUGUGGAAUUUGAAGUUGGUAGAGCAUUACAACUAAGGCCUGACAUUAUUGUUAGAGGUGCAGUCAUAUUGUCAAUCCCAAAAGAUUGCCCACAAUUACUUGCAUCUGCUAUCAAAAUUUUUUUUAAAGGCGAAGAAACAGCUUCGGCUAAAGUUAAAGAUAGCGGUGUAUUUAAAAAAAGGCGUUUGGAUAGUGUACGGACAACUUACUUUGAAUGUAGUUAUGUAGUUUGGUGUGCUUUGACUAAUAACAAUCUUAACAACAACAACAUCAACGACAAUAGAGCUAACAGACAUUUACCUUUGAUGAGAAUAAAACCGGGGAUAUAUAGAUCUGAAUUUGCUUUAAAGUUACCUCCUGUUAAUUUUCCUCCAUCAAUAGAGGGUCCAAGGGGAUUUUCAAUAAGAUAUAUCUGGAAACCUGUUAUAGAAGGGGUGGAUGGAAAUAUUAUCGAGGGUCCUGAGAUAGUGACACCUUUUACUCCUAUAUCAUUUGCCCCACCCAAUCAAGAAUGGUGUUUUAGAGAAAUUUUAUACACUGAACAUAAAUCACAAAGAAAAAUUAUUAUAGAGGCUGAAGCUUUUUUACAAAAGCGUGUUUUUUCGCCCGGUGAGGAAUUAGAUCUUAAGAUUAGACUUAAAAACCAUUCAGGUGGACGUAUAACACACCUAAGAACAUAUUAUACAUUAAGAUGUGCUCUUCAAACUGAAACGGGUGUGUUACUUACUAAAAUGGAAUACCAUGAAAUAAUAAUACCAAUCACAAUGUCAUCAUAUCCUCAUAUCGACGAUAUCCAACUCCCUUUUGACAGUAUAUUCCCUUCAUACACCGAAUCAGGAUUGUGUCCAUUCUUCUUUGAUCCUAAAGAUGAUUUUCCUCAAAAUUAUCCUGUUAUUGACAGGCAUCCUGGCAGUGAUAAUAUAGCGACUCCACCUUAUUCUCCAAUACCAAGUGCUUUUCCAAGUGUACGACUUAGUACUUUUUAUAGUGAUCAUGAAGAUUCCUCAACUUCUCAAUCUCCUUACUUCAAUGAAAAUGAAUCAAUUCUGUUAUGA